AUGACAGCGAGAACAGUACCAUCUAAAAUUGUUAUUGCUGGUAACUCAAAAAUGUCACUUAAUGACAGGUAAUUUUAUUGUGAUUGAGCGGAAAAGGUUUCAAAAUAAGUUGUAUUUUUCAGAUUCGCAAGUUUGCCAAAAGCUCGACCACAGCCACAGUUUGCGAAACCAAAAAGACAUGUUUUUGGAGAAGUUGAAUAUACUGUUCCUCGUUUCAAGAGAAAUCAAAUCAGAAAUGCGAGAGGUGUUCCAAUCGAUCAACGAGUAUCUUUUCAUCAAGCUCCAAAAAUAGUAUAUGUUCCUGUAUCAAAUGGAGUUCCAUUCAAAAGAAAUCAAAAGUUCAUUGGUGCCAAAAAUUUUGUGAAUAAUCCAAAAGUUAACAAUUUCAAGAGAAAUAACUUCAAGUGAGUUUUCAUACAUAAAGACAAGAAAAUGAAUGUAUUCUUUUCAAUUUCAGACCAAAUCAACAAUUCAAACAACCAGGUGGAUUCAAAAAACAAUUUCCACCAAGAAAUCCAAAAUUUGUUGCACCAAAAAAGAAAUCAGUGGCCGAUUUGGACAAAGAAUUGGAUGAUUAUAUGAGAAAACCAAAGCACACACCAAUUACAGUAUGA